UUCCAUGUAAACCAUAUUUUCAUCCCAUCCAUCAUCACAAAUCAUAUUCAUUUUCUACUCUUUGUUUCAUCCCCAACUUCCUAACCAUUUUUCUUUCCUUUCCACUCUUCUCUCAAAAUUCAUGAUGGCCUUCAAUCUAAACUCAAAAUCCUCUCUUCUCUUCAACAUGUUUAUCCUAUUAUUAGGUAAUUUAGCAUAUGCUACAAAGUUUACCAUAGAAAACCAAUGUAGUUACACAAUUUGGCCGGGAACUCUUUCCGGCAACGGUGCUGCAGUUCUCGGUCAAGGUGGUUUUUCGCUAGCCCCUGGUGCAUCAGUUGACUUGACUGCACCAUCAGGCUGGUCUGGACGCUUUUGGGGCCGUACUGGCUGCAACUUUGAUGGUGCGGGCAGUGGAAAAUGUGUCACCGGAGAUUGUCCCGGUGGAUUAAAAUGUACCGGAGGAGGUACUCCACCGGUGACAUUGGUUGAAUUCACUAUCGGAUCAGCUAGUAACGGCAACAAGGAUUUCUAUGAUGUGAGCUUGGUUGACGGUUACAAUGUGGGAAUGGGUGUAUCGGCUACCGGAGGAACCGGUGAUUGUCAAUAUGCGGGAUGUGUUACUGAUUUAAAUGGUGCUUGUCCAGCGGAGCUUAAGGUGAACAGUGGUAGUUCCGUGGUGGCAUGUAAGAGUGCGUGUUUGGCUUUUAAUACGGAGGAGUUUUGUUGCACUGGCGCACAUGCCACGCCGCAGACAUGUUCGCCGACACAUUAUUCCGAGAUAUUUAAGACAGCCUGUCCAACUGCUUACAGUUAUGCUUAUGAUGAUGCUUCAAGCACUUGCACAUGUUCUGGAUCCGAUUACCGUAUCACGUUUUGCCCCAAAAGAUCAUCCUGAUCAUAGUCGUUAGUUAAUGUGUCAUGUUUAAUUUUUUGAUGAAUGUAACAAAUUUAAUGUUUGAUUAUUACUUUAUUGAUUAUCAUUAUUAUGAUUAUUAUUAUGGAAUUAAGGAGUGGAUUAUGUAUUCAGGACUCAUACUAUAUAUUAUUUCUCUCUUUUUAUCGACCUCUUUGUUCAAAUAAUAUUUCUGUUAUUCAUGAGCACUG